CUCGCUCUCUCUCUCUCUCUCUGUGGCCAUCGCGCUCUUCUUCUUCGCCGGACGGGGCUUCGCCGAGCGAGCGAGCGAGCAACGAUCGAUGGACGUCAGCGAGGAAGUGAGGGGGGCUCACAAGCGGGAGCUCCUGGCCUUCCUGGAGAACGAUGUGGGGAGGAUGUACAUGGACGACAUCAAGACGAUGAUCAACCACAAGCGCCGCCGCCUCGUCGUGGACAUCUCCGAUCUCCACUCGUUCCGCGACUUGGCCCCCCGGAUCUUGAGAAACCCCGGCGAAUACAUGCAAGCAUUUUCCGAUGCGGUUACUGAUCUGGUUCACAGAAUCGAUGGGAAGUACUUGAAGGAAGGAGAGACUGUCCUUGUUGGCUUCGAGGGGCCCUUCGUUUCUCGCCGUGUCACUCCUCGAGAGCUUCUCUCCGAAUUUAUCGGCUCUAUGGUCUGCGUCGAGGGCAUUGUGACUAAAUGUUCUCUUGUGAGACCAAAGGUGGUAAAGAGCGUACACUUCUGCCCCUCAACUGAAAAGUUCACUACGCGAGAAUAUCGAGACAUAACAUCCAACAUGGGUCUACCCACAGGUUCUGUCUAUCCAACAAGGGAUGAGAAUGGUAAUUUACUGGUUACGGAAUAUGGACUCUGUCGAUACAAGGAUCACCAGACCCUCUCAAUGCAAGAAAUGCCUGAAAAUUCUGCCCCUGGUCAACUUCCACGAACAGUGGAUAUCAUUGUGGAAGAUGACUUGGUUGAUUCUUGCAAGCCUGGAGACCGUGUGGCUAUUGUGGGGAUAUACAAAGCCAUCCCUGGGAAAAGCAAGGGCAGUGUAAAUGGAGUAUUCAGGACUGUCCUGGUAGCUAACAAUGUUUCCCUUCUCAAUAAAGAGGCAAAUGCACCAAUCUACACUCCAGAGGACUUGAAAAACAUAAAAAAGAUAGCAGGGAGAGAUGAUACAUUUGAUCUACUUGGCAAUUCGCUGGCACCUUCUAUAUAUGGUCACUCAUGGAUAAAGAAAGCAGUGAUAUUGCUGAUGCUUGGUGGAGUUGAAAAGAACUUGAACAAUGGUACCCAUCUACGAGGUGACAUAAACAUGAUGAUGGUUGGUGAUCCAUCUGUUGCUAAAUCUCAACUAUUAAGAGCCAUCAUGAAUAUUGCACCAUUGGCCAUAUCAACAACAGGUCGCGGUUCUUCUGGAGUUGGUUUGACAGCUGCUGUUACGUCUGAUCAAGAAACAGGGGAAAGAAGGCUAGAAGCUGGUGCAAUGGUUCUUGCUGAUAGAGGCGUUGUCUGUAUUGAUGAGUUCGACAAAAUGAAUGACCAAGAUCGGGUUGCCAUACAUGAAGUCAUGGAGCAGCAGACUGUAACUAUAGCCAAAGCUGGUAUCCAUGCAUCAUUGAAUGCUCGAUGCAGUGUGGUAGCUGCUGCCAAUCCCAUAUACGGAACUUAUGAUCGAUCUUUGACUCCUACAAAGAACAUUGGCCUUCCGGAUUCUCUUCUUUCCCGUUUUGAUCUACUUUUCAUUGUAUUGGAUCAAAUGGAUCCUGAUAUUGACCGUCAAAUCUCUGACCAUGUCUUGCGCAUACACCGAUACCGUUCCACAUUUGAUGGGGGUGAAGUCGAUGGAAGUUCACGGUAUGGGAGGGAGGAUGAAGCAGAUGCUGACUCAUCUGUUUUUGUCAAGUAUAACCGUAUGCUUCAUGGGAGGAAAACAGGAAAGCGUCAGAAGAAUGACUCUCUCACCAUCAAGUUCCUUAAAAAAUACAUCCACUAUGCAAAGCACAGAAUUCAGCCAGAGCUGACAGAUGAGGCAUCUGAACACAUAGCUACUGCAUACGCAGAGCUCCGCAAUGCCAGUUCGAAUGCACAGACUGGAGGAACUCUGCCGAUCACAGCAAGAACUUUAGAAACCAUUAUACGUCUAUCUACUGCCCAUGCCAAGCUUAAAUUGAGCAGAAAGGUUACAAAUUCUGAUGUGGAAGCUGCACUAAAAGUAUUAAAUUUUGCUAUUUAUCACAAAGAAUUGACUGAUAUGGAAGAGCGUGAGCAAGAAAGAGAGAGAGAAUUGGGAAGAAAACGCCAGGCUGAUCGACAUGCUGGUCAAACUAAUGGAGAUGAUCUUGGCUCUACCAUCAAUGCAGGAGGCUCAACUGACGCCAUGGAAGUAGAUGAUGCACCCCCGGCACCACCUGCAACCCUGUCUCAAGAAAGAAUCGAAGCAUUUAAUACCAUAUUCGGUCAACAUAUGCGAGCGAACCGCUUGGAGAGCAUAUCAAUUGCGGAAAUUGAGACAAUCAUCAACAGCAUUGCAACUAAUCCCUACUCAAGUACACAGAUAUUGUCACUUCUGCAGCGACUGGAAGGUGAGAAUAGAGUGAUGAUAAUUGGUGAUGUCGUGCACAUGGUUAUAAGCUGACUCUUAAGAGAGGAACAUCUGCGGUGCCAAAAUUAUGGACCAUCGCUCUUCAUCUGCAAGUUGCUGCUCAUAAGCUACUGUCCAGCCAGGUCCAUUUUUAUAGCAAAAAGCCAUAUUGUUGGAGCCUUUAUCUUUUGUUCAUUACCAUCACACUGCUUUUAGAGCUUCUAGUACUAUCUUUGGUUGUACGUGGAUUAAUUUAUCCUUCCAUUGCAGUUACUAUCAUCUGAGAGUGGUACCUCCUAGAUCAGUCACUGUAAAUUGAAAGUUACGAAGGUCGUGAGUCUAUGUCAUGGUAUAUUUAUUGA